AUGCUUCCCUUUGCACAAGUUGGAGGCCACGCCUCAACCAUCACCUCCACCGGAUCCAUCAUCAACAAGCCUUCCUCGGCGCGCGAGAAGGCGUUCUACACCCAGCUCGCUCCCUCGCUCCUGCCCGGGUUCAUUGGUGAAUGGACACCCGAAUUCUAUGGUACCCUGUCGCUGCAGGAUCAGAUGGGUCAGGAUGGACAGAUCACACCUGCUACUGAGGGCGAACUGGGUACGAAGCCCAAAGAGGUAAGUGGGCUACGCAAGUUGGAAGGCUCGUAG